AGCAAAUUUGUUUUGCUUUGUCUGGCCAGUAAAGAUCCAGUCAAAGCUCAGUUCCGUGCAUUCCAGGUGCCAUCAUAAUUGCAUCGUGGCAGGGUGGCUCAUUCAAACCUUUAUGACGGUUUUGGCAUUCGAGAGGGCUGCUGCGUACAUGCCUAUGAGCAUAGACCUCUCAAAUUGAGCAUUCUAUUCGCUUGUCGCUUCGCUGGUGGUUAUGCUUCCAGAGUCGUGUUCAGUGCCUGCGCUGCACAAUAAUCACGGUCAAACGCUCCCAGGGGCGCAUCCACAGCCUCAUCAUUCCACAGAUAAUUUUGUCCAUUGUACGUGCCAGUGGCUUUGCCAUAGUCCACUUCCCAAAGCAAGCGAAGAUUGGAUGGCUAUAAAGCUCUUACAUCUAGCAUGAGUAGUGAGUCACUGCCCCACUCAAUUCUACGCCAAGCGCCCAUACAAUAUGAACACUCACGUUCGCCAAAAUCCUUUUUCAGAAGCCCAUAUGGGCAUUACGAAAUGUUUCUGCGGAAAAUUGACGGUGGAAAAUCACGAUUUCUGCUUCUGCUCGCCGGAGUGUGCUCGCGCGGAUGCCUUGACUGCUCUCGGGGGAGAAGAUUCCCACUAUCGGAAGGUCGUACGGAAGGCGUAUGUCAGCUGUGGUGCUAUUCCGCCUGUCAUAUACAGGCGCAAGGCAGGGGAGAAAACUCCGAUUACGAAGCAUGUCUCAGCCCUCCCCAUCCCUCCGAGUCAACCUGCCAAUCCAACGCAUCAACAAAAUAUAGGUGCCCAGGAUGGUUGGUCUGCCAAAAAAGAAAAAGUGUUCCCUACGCUGGCUCAAGUGACGACCGCCGUUCUUGCUCGAAAGGCAAAACAGGGAGGCGAAGCAGCAGCAGUCGAGACUUCGGUAAAAAUUCCCCGAGUCGCCGCUCAGAUAUCCCUCGAUGCGCUUCCCGUCCCCUCUCCCCCACCUAUCCAACGAACUAGGCCAGGGCUUGACCGGGGCGCUCAUAAAUCACCGUUAACACAAUUGCGUAGUGCGCCACGGCAAAUUAUGCCACUAAGAGUCGAUGACAAAUCUGCUGGCCUCAGAAGUCAACCAUCGAUCCUUCAUCCGGUAGCCGAGGAAAGAGGGAGGAGGAACGGCAAUGAUGCUCCUCUUCCCCGAAAGCUUGAUCUUCGCGCAGAAGAAAGGCCAAUGUACCCACGCCUUCAACGACCAGUCCUUCCAAACACGACCACUGCAAUCCGCCCUCCGGAUAGCCUUCGCCGCUCGGCUUCAUUCGCAGGUUGGCACAACCCAGCUGAACAUUGCGAUCAUGUCUCAGAGGAGGGCGAAUCUCUUGAGGAAUUAUACAACCAACUUAGGGAUAUCCGAGGUUGGAUUAAGGGAUGGGAUGGAACGCUAGACUCCAACAAGAAGUUGCACGGGGUGUGAUGGGGUAAUCGCUAGGGAACUCGGGUCCCAAAGGAACCCGAAAGGUUUUUUUUUAAUAUGCAUGUUUCAGUACAGUCGGCAUGUAUGUACCUAAUGUUUCGUAGAGGUCCUAGCUUUGUUGUCUUGCAAACACUCACUGCAGCAACGGAGAAUUAACCUGACAGGGUAGAGGUAGAAGUAGCAAUAAUAAACAUACCAUUAGGCAAAUAGAGAAAGUAGAGCAUCUCCUUUAUAUACUACUACUUCUAGGGAUUCGCUCAUGGCAGGCUUUCCUGAGCAAUCAAUCCCUUGACCUCUUCCAGUGCUCGAUGUUUGCAUAAGGCUCUCAAC